GCAGUAUUCGUAGACAGUCUUGCAUCUUCUCCCGCCCGUCCUUGGAUUUCUUUCGCGCGUCCUCUGCGUCUGCGACUCCUCCGUUCUCUCUCUGCGUAUCUGCCGUUGACUCCUAGGAGAAAGGUGUCAUGGAAUCGCCGGACGUUAACAGAACUCAUGUUCUCAUUGCACCUGAUGUUGAUGUGACUGGAAAUGGCUUGGGAAAUUUUUUAUCUCUUCGUCAUCCAAAAUCGGGAAACACAAUGCGCUAUCUCUCUAUUAAUGAGGUGCUUCAUGAACUCAACUGGUUCAAACAAUCUUAUGGGUCUUGGUUUCUUGGAAACUAUGUUUGUGAAGAUGGGAGCCUAUAUACUGCCACUCCAGUUGAUCCUGUCUUCAUUUUGUUGCCCAUUUUUGAAGAAGCUAGAAUGAAGAAAGGGGAUGACCAAGGGAAGUUCAGACAGCUAGACGAGAUUGUCUUUGUCAAUGGCUAUCCUGGAUAUCAACACAUGUUCUCAAUUGCGGAGAAAUGUAUGCAAGUGGUUUGCGAGAUCAAAGAAAUUGGAAUGUCAAAGUUCUACAGGCUUGAUGAUUCCAAGGUUUUAACUUGGUUGUACUCUAAGGUAAUCCAAAUAAAACGGACUUUAGCAACAUUGGACAAGAACUGUGCUGCUCAAGACGAGAGAGACACACGUAAACUUUCAAUGAGAAACAAUUUUUUAUUGGCUGAUGCAGUUACAAUAUUAGGAGAGUACAUGAAAGAUGAGCCUUGGCUAAAGCUUUUAUGCAGCCAUAUGAAAUUAAAAAUACCAGAGGUAACAGGAAAAGCACCGGAUUUUGAAAGCGCUUUAACUGCUAUGGUAGAUAGUGGGGGGUCUUCGAGUCUCUCACAGAAGAAGAGGGGGGAUGAUAGUAAAGUGAAGAGUAGUGGAAAGCGAGGUAAAAAGGGAAAGGUAGAGACAGAGUCACAGAACAUCAAAGAGAUGUUCACCAGAGCUUCACGGAGGGAAGGCUGAAUUUAUUGAAGUGGAUACGCUGUUUCCUUAUGGUGCUACAGCUACUUUAACAGCAGCUGACAGGUCCAGGUUGUGCUUCCUUGAAGUCGAAGUUGAGCUUUUUUUCUCUGGUUGGUUUGUUCUGGGCUGUCAAGGCAUUAGGUGAAUUAUGAUUGCUCCAUCGGCUACACAUUACGUGUAUAUGAUGCAUAAGAGUUUAUCAAGACUCGAGGUUUCCUCUUAACUCUUGCAUAUUAGCAUUAGAGGUAAAAUUUAUUAAACCAAAUGUUGGGAAACGAAUAUAAGCAUCUGACUAGCAGCUAAAUGCUGGCUGGAUAUGACCAAUGCGGCACAAUGGUGAGUGAAGGGUGAGAUUGGAUU